AUGAUCUUUUCAAUUGAAAUUUUUUGUGCAUUUGUCGCUCAGGUAGAUGUGAAACUUAACAAUUAUCAGCUAACAAGAUACUUCAAUGUGCGUAAAAGGAAGAACGAUAGUGGUUACGAUAUGGACAACUUAAAAGCGAAUUUGAAGAGGCACUGUCAGAGAAGUGAAAGUGUAGUUAAAUUGCACAGUCUCGAAUUUUUAAAUCAAGAGGACUGCGGACUAGUUUACUUUUCGCCCUUGGGUAAUUUUGCUUACCUUCCCCCAGAACUGUUGCAGAACAUUUUAAAUUUUACGCCUUGUCUCCUGAUUAAUGCUGCUACCGAAUACCUCCCUUUGUCAACUCGCCUAUACAUACUGUCGAAGUUUUACGUGAAGAACAUUACCGUUGAACAUUGUGCGAAAGGAUGGGGCAGUCUAUUUUACGCUAUAUAUGAAAAAUUGAACGGUAAAGAACGUUUGGGAUUUAUGGAUAGCAUUUUUUCAAUGGAUGCUAAUUCCUUGUGGCAUUUGUUGACUUUAGUUCUGGGAGGCAUUCCUGGUGCCUUCCCAAACUGCGAGAUUAAGGUCAGAAGAUUGAUCCGUGGAUUUUUCUUAGAAACUUGCCGUCAUUCCAACGUUAAUGAGGUAGCUUUUUGGAUGUCAGCGGUAACGCGAACACAGAAGACCGCUUCUAGCCGCGCUAGAUUACUUUUCUUGCUUUAUGGACCGGUGUCAAGUCCUGGCACAGAAGAAGAAUCCAUUGACUGGAGAAUCCUGGUAGACAGUGCAGUCACCACUUAUGCUGAAAGUAUGGAAUAUUUGAGACCGUUAUCUGAUGCCUUAUAUUUUCUGGCAAGUUCCAAAUACCUCCCGGAAAACCUGGCUGAAUUAACAUGGAAUGAAACUGAAAUGUUUAAUGUUAUUGAGGAGCUUACGACUUCUCCAGAACCGUGGUCUUUCGAUAACUUCGCUGGCCUUAUUCUACACCGUCCUUGUCUUAUUCCUCUAACGUUUGUUCCUCGAGUCAUGAAUGGGUUCGUCAAUGAAGCUGGGCAACUCUUCAACACGAUGAAAACGCUUUUAUAUCGGUGGGGACUAAACGGACCAAGGUACUUGGGUAAAUAUAUCACUUACGCAAUGCAAGCUCUGCCUCCUCUGGAACGUUAUUUUUUCGUCGCUGCUGUCCAUCGAGCUUUCAGCAAUCAACUCCAAGACCACUUGGCUGUCAUACCAGCUGCUCAGGAUGCAUUUGGGGAAGAAAUCAAAUCAGCCCGCUCAAAUGCUUCACUAAUAAGGCUCAUCGAGCGUUUUGUGUAA